UUGGCCGCGACGGUGGCUCGCGGGCCCUGGCGUCCGCCCCCGGCCCCGUUCGCGGCCUCCCCGGACCUGGCGCUCUCGCGUCCCCCGGCUCCUCCGAGGCCCCGGCGAGAGUUCCUUGGCCGGCCUGGCCGGGGUUCAAAUCCUAACGCCGCAUUGGGACCAGGAGAACCAGAAAAACGGCACGCGUGCAGGAGAAACGGUGACGGGUGACAUCGUCCACUGAGAGGAGGGUUCUCCCCUCAUCUCGUCCCCGCCUCCGUACCUAGAGGGGAGACCCUGAAACCCUCACUUUUUAGGCGAGGGGAAGGGACUUGGCCAAGGUCACACGGCCGAGGACGGGCGGCGUCGGGAUUUGAACCCAGGCCCCGAGCCGGCUGCUUGGUUUCCCCAGGGAAGAUGCUUUGUGACCCACGGGGGACCGACCAGCCUGAAUCCGGGCUGAUUUACAGAGGAAACACCCGUAGGACAUACUCAAAGGGAAAAAUAGAAAAAAACGACCCCAACCUAGUUUUCACGGUUUGCUGGUACUCGCCCGGUGAAGUAACAUAGCAGGAAGGAAAAGUGGUCUUGACGGUAGCGAGCCGAAAUGUGAAAUGAGGGGAGACCUGGGGUGGACUUUAAAACCAGCCUCAGAACUGCCCGGGAGGCGGGCAGAGCCUGGGCUCCCCCAGGUCGGUCAGUCUCUCUGGACUCGGGGACCCUGCCAGCUCUCAGUGGCCUGAUCUUGGGCAUAGGAGACCUUGAACCCCUUCUGAGUCCUCUUUUCUUUCUUUUUUUUUUUUUUUUUGCUCCUGUAAAAAGAAAAAAAGCAAUAGGAGUUUGGUUUGGGGAUUAAAUAAGGUUGCGUGGAGCAGGCUUGGCGUGCUGCCUGGCGCAUGUAAACACUCGGUGUGUGGUUGCCAUCACGAUUCGCUUCUCCUCUCUAUGCCACCACAAGUCCUCAUUUGCAGAUCGGGGGCUCUAACGCCUACCUUAGGAGAUUCAAAGGGAUCCCUAGGAAAAGCAGAGUCAAGUAAAAGUUAGCCACCUGCGGUUUCCUUAUUCCUGUCGGUUUCUUUCUCUGCCUUUCUUCCACCUGGCUACUCUGGGACCUCUCCCCUGUAGUUGCUCCGCCUGGCCGCCCACCCCCCAGUCCCUGCAGGCAGUGGGGCUGGUGACACAUUCCACCAUCCUGGCUCCGGAACUACAGAGAUCACAGGGCUUUAUUAUUAAUUGGUGAUGAGAAGAAGUAGUGAUUAUUUAUUUUUUUUUCCUGAUGAAAAACCCUGGGCUCAAGGGUGGAUAGUUGUCUCCGCCAGAGUCACAUGGGCCUUUUAAAAGCUCAGGCUUGUGUUUCUUUUCACUAUGGAUUCUCUCUUUACUCAGAUAAGGCAAGAAGUCCAUUGAUCUACAUAUUUACCCAGAGAAAAUGCAGAAAGUGGAGAUUGGCGGCUGGUCAGGUGUGGUGCCCUGCCACCAGGGCCUCCCAUCAGCUAAGCCAAAUUAAGAGGCUUUAUCCUUUUUUUCUCCCUGGACGGUCCAUAGGCCUGAAAAGCUGCUGUGAUCUUCCUGUCAAGCUGGUGACUGAGACUUCCCAUCACUCACUGUCAUCUCUGAGAGCACAGAUUUGUUCCUUUUUCCUUCUCCUUUUCAUUUUCUUCAAGAUGUCCCAAAACACGAAUACCGCCAGCCCGUAUCCCUGUCUGCUACUCAGCCAAGCCCGUCUGGAGUUCCUGAUCUCAUUCUCUUCCCGUUUCUGUCAUCCUGUUGGUGUCCCUUUCUUGGUUUAUUUUUCCAAGAAGGGCAAAAGAGCAAAAAGGGGAAACAGGACACCUGCCUAGGGCAUUGCUUCUCUUCUCCUGGUGGUGUUUCACAAUUGCCUGUCCCUGGGAAAAGAGUGAGGGACUUGGUGAUUGUGCUUUUCCUUGAUCCCAGGAAAGAACUUCAGUCCCUUUUCUGGCUUCUGAGAGGAGAGAUUUUUGUUGCUGCUGGUAAAGAUGAGGUGUGGAACCCCCAGGCCCUAUCUCAAUUCAGACUUACCCACCUGGGAAACUUUGAGGCUUCCAAACCUCUGCAAAUAAAACACAGUAGAUGAAAUGAUGUAAACAAAACUUGUGCUCAUGGGACAGGAGAGUAAAGACUGGAAAAGUUAUCAGUAAAACUUAACCUGAAGCUGAAUUUCUAGGGAUGUCAUCGUGAUUGUCGUGUUCGGUACUGAUGGCUUAGUUGAUGCCAGGCACUGUGCUGAGGAUGGGCAUAGUUGAAGUGAAUGACAGUCCUGGGGUGGGAGGCUGGGCGUGCCAAGAAAUUCUUAUAAUUCAAUAUCCGAUGAGGCACAAUCACGUAGUGGUUGAGAAUGAGGUAUUGGAGUCGGUCGUGAAUGUACAUGAUGGGGAUCGGAUGAGGUCAUGCGUGUCGUGACGGGUCUCAUGCGUAACACACAGUAGGAUCCUAGCCAGUGAGCGUUAGUAUUCCAUCCACACAGUACUGAGUACAGGCACGGUGUGGAGGGAGUCCCUGGAGGGUUAAAGAGUAUUUUGUGAGUAAAGUCAGAAGAAAUGGAGAGUGUGCCUUUCCCUUUUUGAGUUCUUCUGGGCUUAGGAAGAAGAUGAACCAGAUAAGCCUACUGUUUGUUGAGUGCUUCCUUUUCAUGGCUAAUAGAGUCCUCACAACUGCCUUCCAGGGCAAUUGAAGAUGAAGGUGGUAAUCCUGACGAAAUUGAAAUUACCUCCGAGGGAAACAAGAAAACAUCAAAGAGGUCCAGCAAAGGGCGCAAACCAGAAGAAGAGGGUGUGGAAGAUAACGGGCUGGAGGAAAACUCUGGGGAUGGACAGGAGGAUGUUGAGACCAGUCUGGAGAACUUGCAGGACAUCGACAUCAUGGAUAUCAGUGUGUUGGAUGAAGCAGAAAUUGAUAAUGGAAGCGUUGCAGAUUGUGUCGAAGACGAUGAUGCUGAUAACCUCCAGGAGUCCCUGUCGGAUAGUAGAGAGCUAGUCGAGGGGGAAAUGAAAGAGCUUCCGGAGCAGCUUCAGGAACAUGCUAUAGAGGACAAAGAAACUAUAAACAAUGUAGAUACUUCAUCAUCUGACUUCACUAUAUUACAGGAAAUUGAAGAGCCAUCCCUGGAGCCAGAAAAUGAGAAAAUACUCGACAUUUUGGGGGAAACUUGUAAAUCUGAGCCAGUAAAAGAAGAAAGUUCCGAGCUGGAGCAGCCAUUUGCACAGGACACAAGUAGCGUGGGGCCAGACAGAAAGCUUGCGGAGGAAGAGGACCUAUUUGACAGCGCCCAUCCGGAAGAGGGUGAUUUAGAUUUGGCCAGCGAGUCAACAGCACACGCUCAGUCGAGCAAGGCAGACAGCCUGUUAGCGGUAGUGAAAAGGGAGCCCGCGGAGCAGCCAGGCGAUGGCGAGAGGACGGACUGUGAGCCUGUAGGGCUAGAGCCGGCAGUUGAGCAGAGUAGUGCGGCCUCCGAGCUCGCGGAGGCCUCUAGCGAGGAGCUCGCGGAAGCACCCACGGAAGCCCCAAGCCCAGAAGCCAGAGAUAGCAAAGAAGACGGGAGGAAGUUUGAUUUUGACGCUUGUAAUGAAGUCCCUCCGGCUCCUAAAGAGUCCUCAACCAGUGAGGGCGCUGAUCAGAAAAUGAGUUCUCCCGAAGAUGACUCGGAUACAAAAAGGCUUUCCAAAGAGGAAAAGGGUCGCAGCAGUUGUGGUAGAAAUUUCUGGGUUAGUGGACUCUCUUCUACAACCAGAGCUACAGAUUUGAAGAAUCUUUUCAGCAAAUAUGGGAAGGUGGUGGGCGCCAAGGUUGUGACAAAUGCCCGGAGUCCUGGAGCUCGCUGUUACGGUUUUGUCACAAUGUCCACAGCAGAAGAGGCCACAAAAUGCAUUAACCACCUGCACAAGACGGAGCUCCACGGAAAGAUGAUCUCCGUGGAGAAAGCCAAAAAUGAACCUGUGGGAAAGAAAACCUCUGACAAAAGAGAUAGUGACGGGAAAAAGGAGAAGUCGAGCAACAGUGACAGAUCUGCAAACCUUAAGAGGGAUGAUAAAUGUGACAGAAAAGACGAUGCUAAGAAGGGUGACGACGGAAGUGGAGAAAAGAGUAAGGACCAAGAUGAUCAGAAACCUGGCCCCUCAGAGCGAUCUCGAGCCACAAAGUCAGGAAGUCGAGGGACGGAGCGGACUGUAGUAAUGGAUAAAUCCAAAGGGGUGCCUGUGAUUAGUGUAAAAACAUCCGGGUCCAAAGAGAGAGCUUCCAAAAGCCAGGAUCGCAAAUCAGCCAGCAGGGAGAAGCGGUCCGUCGUGUCCUUUGAUAAGGUCAAGGAGCCUCGGAAGUCGAGAGACUCAGAGUCCCAUAGCAGGGUGCGUGAACGCAGUGAACGCGAACAACGCAUGCAGGCGCAGUGGGAGCGCGAGGAGCGUGAGCGGCUGGAGAUUGCCCGAGAGAGGCUGGCCUUCCAGCGCCAGCGGCUGGAGCGGGAGCGCAUGGAGCGGGAGCGGCUGGAGCGCGAACGCAUGCACGUGGAGCACGAGCGCAGGCGCGAGCAGGAGCGCAUCCACCGUGAGCGCGAGGAGCUGCGGCGCCAGCAGGAACUGCGCUAUGAGCAGGAGCGGCGGCCCGCGGUGCGGCGGCCCUACGACCUGGACCGGCGAGAUGAUGCCUAUUGGCCGGAAGCCAAGCGGGCCGCCCUGGAUGAGCGCUACCAUUCUGACUUUAACCGCCAGGACCGUUUCCACGACUUUGACCACAGGGACCGCGGCCGCUACCCCGACCACUCGGUGGACAGGAGAGAAGGUUCAAGGUCAAUGAUGGGAGAACGAGAAGGACAGCAUUACCCAGAACGCCAUGGAGGACCAGAGCGCCACGGCCGGGACUCCCGCGAUGGCUGGGGGGGCUAUGGCUCCGACAAGAGAAUGAGUGAGGGCCGGGGGCUGCCUCCUCCCCCCAGGGGCAGACGUGACUGGGGGGACCAUGGCCGAAGAGAGGAUGACCGGGCAUGGCAGGGCACGGCUGAUGGGGGCAUGAUGGACAGGGAUCACAAGAGGUGGCAAGGUGGCGAGAGAAGCAUGUCUGGUCACUCCGGGCCUGGCCACAUGAUGAACCGAGGAGGAAUGUCAGGGCGCGGCAGCUUUGCCCCAGGCGGGGCCUCCCGGGGCCACCCCAUCCCACAUGGUGGCAUGCAAGGCGGGUUCGGAGGCCAGAGCCGGGGGAGCAGGCCCAGCGAUGCCCGCUUCACUCGCCGCUACUGAGUACUUGGAAUCCUGUGUCCCUGUCAUGUGGCAACAAGGCUAUGUUCUGUUAGGAGUUACCUUAAACUGUGUAAAAAUAUUUUUUUUUUAAUCUGCUGCCAUAUUGUAGCUCAAUACAAUGUGAAUUUGUUUUUCGUUUUGGGUUUUUUUUUUUUUUGUAAUAAAUGUGUUUCCGUUCACAUACCCUUUA